CCGCCAACUACAUCAUCUAAAACAAACAUGGCAGAUGGGUGGAGCAUGUGAAAAAGCAGAAGAAAAAGAAGCGAAAUGUUACUAAAUUUCCAUUCCGUUCAUGGCUUCAAGUGCAGGAGUGAAAAUUGAUCACUUUCAUUUUUACUGCAUACACAAGCUCUGGUUGAACAAUUCAAAUUCUCAGACUUUCUAAAGCUGACUGUAACCAAAGAGAGUUUGUUUUGAGUCAUCUUACUAAACCGAAGUAAUCCACCAUGGCACGUGAACAGGACUACUACACUCUCAUGUCUGGUAUGCAACAGCUUGAUUUGCAGGGGAACGCAGUCCCCAGUGAUCUUGUACUAAUAGGAGAGCAUGCCUUUCCACUUGCCAUGAAUCCAAGAGGUCAGGUGCUCAUGGCUGCAUCUCAUUACGGUCGGGGUCGCAUUGUAGUGCUGGGACAUGAAGAAUACUUAACACGAUUUCCUGGGCUGAUAGAGAAUGCCAUAAUGUGGCUCAUGCCAUGUACCGGAGAUGCUGGAGUUGUAGGGAUUCAGAAAAGUUUACGAACAGUAGCUGAAAACUUGAACUACAGCCCUUUCAAGACAGAACUAGGAGACUUUCAAGAUAGGUUCGCUAUAUAUAUCACUGAUGCGUACAGUGUUGAGAGCUCUGCAAAGGAUCUGAUUGCUUUCCUCAAAGCUGGGGGUGGUUUGAUCAUUGCUGGACAAGCAUGGAGUUGGUCUUAUGAACACCCACAGGAAAACACUAUCAGGAACUUUCCAGGAAACAAGGUGUGCAGUGUUGCAGGCAUUUACUUUUCAGAGCUUGAAGGAGAAGUCGGCACCUUUCCUGUUCCUCGAAAUAUCCCUUCUAGUUGGCUUGCCGUGGCAAUAGGCAAAGACUUUAAAGAGGACCUAGAGUUCCUGCUGGAAGGUGUGUCUGAGUUUGACACUCAAGGUGGGGCUAUAGCAUCAGAGGUGAUGGUGCACGGACCAUUAGCGUUUCCCAUUGCGGUCACUCCAAAUGGAAAAACAUUCAUUGCUGGUGCCUAUUAUGGACAAGGGCGAGUAAUUGUGGUAUCCCAUGAAGGGUACAUGGGCCGAGACUCUCUGUCCUCUUUUAUGAUCAAUGCUAUUAAGUGGCUUGAUGAGGGUCGCAAGGGUGUUGUAGGGAUCGUACCCAACCUCACUGCAGCCCAUACAGUACUGAGCAAAUCUGGUUUAGACUGUCAAUUGACCGGUUUCAGAGAAGAUCUAAGCGUCUACGUCUGCACUUCCUACAGUGAUGCACAGUGUGCAGAGAUUCAGGAAUUUGUUGCAGAAGGUGGAGGUCUUCUUAUUGGGGGUCAUGCCUGGUACUGGGCUCAGACCCACUGGGGCUCCAAUGUGAUGACUGAAUACCCCGGAAAUCACAUUCUUAACAAGAUGGGAUUGUGCCUCUUGGGAAACACCUUGGGUGGAGGGUUAUAUAAAGCUCCAGAAAUAGAGCAUAGUUGUAAACAUGGGUACCACUUUCGAAGCAUGCUGCAGAGAUUUGCUCAGCAUGUAAGCCAAGGGCAAGAGCUGACUGAUCGAGAACAGGGCUGUUUGAAGCAGCUGGGCACUGACUGUGCCAGUUACCUUCAAAUGCGUUGUCAUGACAGUGCUGCUUACACCUCAGUGGUAGCUCUUCUUAGUGACAUAGUAAAGGAAGUAGGUGUUCCACAGGUGUGUAGUAACUGCCCUGUUGAAAGUCCCAAAGACCACCUGAUGCUCCACAUUGGUACUGAGGUCUACAAAGUGACGCCUGAUCCCGACGCCCUUCUUCCCUACAUCAUCAAGGACAGACCCAACUUGCCAACUUUGUCAAAUGCAAGAGUUCGGAUUACUGCCAACACUGGAGGUUGUGAAGAAUGGAUAAGCACAGGCUUAUAUCUUUCUCCUGGUAUGAAGACAUACAUAGCAGUACCUCCAGAGAUUGUUGGAAAAAAUUGGCAGGUGCAGCUUGGUUGCCAGACAGACAACAUUGGUGGAUCAAACACCCUGAAGCGGGCACCUGUAGUCCAUGCACGAUUCCCCUUGGAUUCAGAAAUGGUGCAGGUCUGGAAUUUGUGGGGAGGGCUAAUCUACCUAAUAGCACCUUCCCAAACCAAGGUGGAUGGGGUGGAAAUUGUUGUGCAGACUGCAGUACAGGCUCCAUACUUCAAGUCUGGAGAGACAAGCGUAGCAGACUGGGUGAGCCAUAUUCGUCAGGCACCUGCCCCCUGGGCGGAGCUUGAGUUUGAAAACCUCAUCAUGACAUUUGAUUCAGCUUUCAUAAGGAAUCUGGACCGCCCUGAUGAAGUGGCUAAACUUUGGGAUACCAUAAUGAGAACUAUAACUGACUUGGCAGCAAGGCCACCCAAAUUGCCUCGCAAGGAACGUUUUGUUGCUGAUGUUCAGAUCUCUUAUGGUUUCAUGCAUGCUGGAUAUCCCAUAAUGAUGCACUCCGGCUCUGCUCCAGGACUAGUAAAUGUUGAGGAAGCCUAUAAAUGUGGCCUCUGGGGAGCCAUUCAUGAGCUGGGCCAUAACCAGCAGCGUGGAGUUUGGGAGUUCCCUCCCCACACCACUGAGUGCACAUGCAACCUGUGGUCAUUGUAUGUACAUGAGCAAGUGUUCGGCAUAAAAAGCGCUAAUGCUCAUCCAGCCAUCACUCCAGCAGACCGCCAGGCUCGUACCAAGAUGUAUUUUGAUGGUGGUAAAGAUUUAAACAGCUGGUGCAUGUGGAUGGCACUUGAGACUUACAUGCAGCUUCAAGAAAAAUUUGGCUGGGAUGCUUUCAAGAAAGUCUUUUCUCUCUACCAUGACAUGACCGGUGUGCCAAAUGACAACGCAGGGAAGAUGAAUCUAUACGCCCAGACCUUCUCCAAAGUGGUCAACCUGAAUUUAUCCCCAUUCUUCAAAGCAUGGGGUUGGCCCAUCCAACCUAACACAGAACAGAAUCUCUCCCAUCUUCCUGCAUGGAGUGACCAUCCUGUUAGCCAGUAUGCAUAAAAACACAUCGAAUAGCUUUUUCAAAGUAUAUGCAUAUAUGAAGUGGACAUUGUAGUAAUUACAUUUUGCUAUUCGUUUAAUAGGUGGAAGAGCAAUUAACUUAUAUCAGUGUGAUGCACGUUUGCUCAGCACAGUGGAGAUUUCUUUAGUUGUAUCGUUUUAGUCGUUUGGGAUGCGGUGACACACAGUCAAAUAUUUCACCUAACAGAUCAGACACUUUUGACGCUCAUAAACAACCAUGAAUUCCUCAUGCUGCAGGAAUUAUGAGGUUUGCUAAAGGUGCAGCUGUCGUGCAGUGAGAGGUUUGCGUCUAUAUUAAUCUACGACAGUUAGCGUUUAUUGAACAAUAAGAAUGAUUAAUAAAUUCAUAUGAAACUGUCAUAAAAAGUCACGUCUUGUCCUCAGUUUCGGGCUCAGGCACGGUUUGCACUCAAUACAAGCGUACCGCGCUGAGCCCAAGUAAACCGCGCUCUGGCACACCUCUUCCAACCGGGCCAGGUCCGGCUAAGUGAUCCAUGCCUGAGCCUGAUUGAGAGCACUCACACUUCUUAAACGAAAGGGCCUGGGCACGGUUUUGGUGGCAUAGUGUGAGUACGCCCUAAGUGGGCUAAAGGUAAAUAUAUACCAGAAUAUAUGCUCAAAACACAAAAUCAAACUAUUAUACUGCAGUUACAAAAAUGAUUGCCUUUUCAACUAUAUUACUUGGCAUUUUGGUGUAUUUUGAAUCUCUUUCUUAAUCUCCAAGAAAAUAAAUCUUAUAAAUUAUUCUAAAA